AUGGAGGCCGGCCCGGACGCCCCCCUCUUCCUGGCCAAGAUGCUGGCGGAGCUGGACGGCGCGCGGCGCCCGGCCUCCUACCAGGACCUGUGCCGCUCGCUGUGCGCCCGCUUCGACCUGGCGCAGCUGGCGCGGCUGCGCGGCCUGCUGUUCCGCACGGCCUGCCUGGACGCCGGCUUCCCCGCCGCCCUCUUCCGGGACAAGGUGGCGGCGUGCCCGGGGGACAGCCAGCAGUCCCAGAAGAUCACCGUGGCGGCCGACAUCGUCACCAUCUUCAACCUCAUCCAGAUGACGGGCGGCGCGGCCCGGGAGCGGCUGCCCGAGGCGGCCCGGGGCUCCUGCCCGCCGGGCUGCGGGGAGCUGGCCCGGGGGUUCGGCCAGGCCUUCCCCGCCCGGCAGCCGGGCCCGUGCGGGGAGGCGGGCUGCACCGACUGCCCGCCCUUCGCGCCCGCGCCCGCACCCGCACCCGCCGCCGAGCCCACCUUCCUGCUGGGCGUCGGGCGGGAGGCCCCGGCCCCGUACGCCCUGGCCGGCCCGCAGGCCUGCGAGAUGCAGAGGACCUACUUCCCCAUGACCCUGGACGGCGACCCCGCCUCGGACCCGGACUCGCUGCCCGGGCCCCCCGGGGGCGUCCCCGCCGCCGAGGAAGAGCCCUUCGGGGUGCGGUCCUGCCUCCAGAAAAGGACCAUCUUCAAGGAGGACUUCCACGGCCUCCUGGCCGUGUCCCCCGAGGCCGAGGCGGGGUACGGGGGCCCCCCGGGCCGGAAGGAGCCCCCCAAGGCCCCCUUCCUGAACCACAGCUUCGACGUGCCCUAUGGCGGCCGGUACCUGAGCGCCAUGGCCGCCGCCGCCGUGUACUCGCCGGUCCCCGACAGGAGGCGGGCCAAGCACGAGAGCCUCGAUGACCUGCAGGCCUCCACGUACUUCGGGCCCACGCCGCCCGCCACGGGGAGCCCCGACGCCAGGCGCUGCCCCGGGGGGAGGCCCGGCAAGCCGACGCCCUGGCCCGCCAAGAGCUGGAGCCUGAACGCGGAUGUGCCCGCCAUGGACGGUUCCCUCUGCCACAGGAGCCCGUCCCGCGAGAAGAGCCUGUCCCGCGAGAAAAGCCCGUCCCGCGAGAAAAGCCUGUCCCGCGAGAAGAGCCCGUCCCGCGAGAAAAGUCUGUCCCGCGAGAAGAGCCCGUCCCGCGAGAAGAGCCUGUCCCGCGAGAGAAACCCGUCCCACGAGAGGAACCCGUCCCGCGAGAGGCUGCCGCGGUACCCCAGCCCCGGCUUCCCUGCCCGGGGCCCGCGCCCGGCCUACCUCGCACCUGCGACCGCGGCCGAGCAGCAGCCCCUGCUCCCUGCGGGCUACGCGGCCGAUGCCCCAGAGAUCGCAUCCCCCGAGGAGCGGGAGCCCGGGACCAAGGUCAAGGCCAAGGACAGGAGCCUCGGCAGCACGGGCGGGCAGCUGAGCUCGGACACCAGCAGCGUGGGCACCCAGACGGAGCCGCCGCCGCCGGAGCCCAGGCCACACCAGGACCUGCAGGCCGCAUGCCGGGAUAGGCCCGCCCAUGCUGCCCACGCCGCCGCCGCCGCGAGGCCGUCGGAUGAGGACUCGGAGAUCGUCAGCGACGACAUCAGCGACAUCUUCCGCUUCCUGGACGACAUGAGCCUCAGCGGCUCCACAGGGUUCAUCCACUCGUCCUGCUGCGGCAGCUUGGGGUCCCUGUCCCAGCGGCCCCGGUCGGACGGCGGUGACAGCUCCCCAGAGUGCGGCAGAGGCAGAGGGAGCAAUGCAGGAGCAGCCGCCGCCGCCGCCAAGCUGGCCGGCGAGCUCCCUGGCGGCCAAGGAGAAAAGGGCAAGCGGGGGCCCGGCCCGCGCUCCGAGGAGGAGCUGAAGACCAGUGUGUGCAAGCUGGUGCUCCGCAUCGGCGAGAUCGAGCGCAAGCUGGAGUCGCUGUCGGGGGUCCGCGCUGAGAUCUCCCAGGUGCUGGGCAAGCUGAACCAGCUGGACCGGAAGAUGCAGCCGCCCGAGAAGGCGGCCAGGGGCCAGGCGGACCUGACCUCCCUGACCAGCGGGGCCCCGUCCGAGGAGAGCGCCUCCCCCCGGGGGUUCCCGGGCCGCCACGGCAGCUCCCGGGGCGGCCCCAACGCGGAUGGCGGCGGCGGCGGGGGCGGCGGGGGCGCCGACUGGUGCUGCUCGGACGGGAGCACCAGCGAGAGCCUGCGCGUCCGGGCGCUGAAGAGGAGCCUCUUCGCCCGGCCGUCCUCCCGCUCGCUGACGGAGGAGAACAGCGCCACCGAGUCCAAGAUCGCCAGCAUCUCCGACUCGCCCCGGGACUGGCGCACCAUCACCUACGCCAGCCGCCUGAGCCUGGACGGGGCGGAGGAGGAGGAGGUCCGGGGCCGAGGCCCCGGGGAGAGCAAGGGUUGGCGUCGGAAGUCGAAAGAGGCGGACAGGCAGCACGACGGCCCCCCGCAGCACCGCCGGCCCAAGCCGCCCCGGGACCUCCGCGUGGAGCAGGUGUUCAGCCCGCACCCCUACCCCGCCUCGCUCCAGGCCCUCAAGGGCCGCCCCCUGUACACGGACCUGCGGCUGGCCGAGCUGGCCGAGGGCCGGCGGGGCCAGCCCCCCUGGGCCGCCGAGGAGUACGCGCGGAGCCGGGGCGACAAGGGCAAGCUGGCCGCCCUGGACCUGCAGGCGCAGGAGUCGCUGAACCCCAACCACCUGGAGUACUGGAUGGAGGACAUCUACACGCCGGGCUACGACUCGCUCCUGAAGCGCAAGGAGGCCGAGUUCCGCCGGGCCCGGGUCUGCAAGCUGGUGGCGCUGGUGGCGGCGGCCGCCUGCACCGUCAUCCUGGUCAUCGUGGUGCCGCUGUGCACCAUGAAGUCCUGA